UGCAAUGUGCAGUUAGUUCCUCUAGGUGGCAGCAACACGCCAGUGGUUAGUUAUGCCUGUCCAUUUUUGUUUGAAGAAGAGCUUCAUGCUACAAACAACCGUGAUUGUUAUUGCUAACUAAAUUCUCAGUUAACGUUACAGUGUUUAUGGUUGGCGGAAGGCAAAAUCAAUAUGACUAGUAUAAUGUUGGUCUUUUUGUUUAAUUAAAAAUUGCCCCAGGUGCCUUGACAUCUAGUUACAUUUGAACGCAAGUUAAUUGACUUGCUAGCUGGACGUGUAGCUAGCUGGUGUAGCUCGGUUAGCCGGUUGUCACUGUAUUGUGUCGAGAUCUUUUUCAACAGGGGAACGGAUCUCGACCCAACACCGGUUUUUCGUUCUCUGUAAACGUGGCAGUUUAUUUUAUAACACAUGAGUGUGUCUCUGGUCGUUAUCCGUUUGGAAAUUGCUGACCAGUCUCCUUUUCCACAAGGUUUCCAGUACUCAGCUGUUGAAGGUAUGUCAGAGGAGGAGCAGCAGGAGAAGGCUCUGGGUUUAGCCAAACACACUCUGAGUGGAAAGCCCGACCUGGAGAGAGAAGCUGUACUGCACCAACACAUUGGCAGUAGAGCCAUGGGGGACAUGGUUAUAGAAACGUUUGAACCCAGCCCAGGUAAGACAUGCAUGUCCCACAAUGUAAACGCAGAUGGUCAGGAGGGCACUGAGGCUUCACAAGACCACAGUGUAUCAACAGGCACGGGCCCUGACUCCCCCUCCAAGCAGCUGCCAGACCAGAUCUCUUUCUUCAGUGGGAACCCCUCUGUGGAGAUCGUCCACGGUAUCAUGCACCUCUAUAAGACCAAUAAAAUGACUUCACUGACUGAAGACGUAAGACGUAGCGCCAUGGUGUGCAUCCUGACUGUCCCGGCAACCAUGACGAGCCACGACCUCAUGAAGCUUAUGGCUCCAUUUAAUGAUGUCAUGGAGCAUAUGAAGAUCAUACGGGACUCCACCCCUAACCAGUACAUGGUUCUGAUUAAGUUCUCUACACAGGCAGAUGCAGACAGUUUUUACACAGCGUGUAAUGGCCACCAGUUCAAUUCCAUAGAGGAAGCCGUGUGCCAACUGGUCUAUGUGGAGCGGGCCGAGGUUAUAAAGUCUGAAGAGGGAGCCAGUCUGCCGGUGAUGGAGCUGACCGAGCUGCCGAAGUGCACGGUGUGCCUGGAGAGAAUGGACGAGUCUGUGAACGGCAUCCUCACCACUCUGUGCAACCACAGCUUCCACAGCCAGUGUCUCCAGCGGUGGGAAGACGCCUCGUGUCCAGUCUGUCGGUACUGUCAGACUCCAGAACCAGUUGAGGAGAACAAAUGCUUUGAGUGUGGAGUGCAGGAGAACCUGUGGAUUUGUCUGAUCUGCGGGCACAUCGGCUGUGGCCGCUACGUCAGCCGGCAUGCCUACAAACACUUUGAAGAAACGCAGCACACGUACGCUAUGCAGCUCACCAACCACCGUGUCUGGGACUACGCAGGAGAUAACUAUGUGCAUCGGCUGGUGGCCAGUAAGACUGACGGCAAGAUGGUGCAGUUUGAAUGUGAGGGAGACACCUGCCAAGCUGAGAAAAUUGAUGCACUUCAACUAGAAUACUCGUACCUGCUGACGAGCCAGCUGGAGUCUCAGAGGAUUUACUGGGAGAACAAGAUUGUUCAUCUGGAGAAGGAGACGGCCGAGGAGAUAAACAACAUGAAGGCUAAAUUUAAGGAAACCCUGGAGCGCUGUGAUAACCUGGAGCAGCGGUUCGGAGACAUAACCAAAGAGAAGCAGAACAUAGAGAAAAAGUACACUCAGCUGAACGGUCGAAUGGUGAAGCUGAGCCAGGAGCUGAAGGAGGAGCAGGAGAUGAACCGCUAUCUGAGAGCCAAUCAGACGCAGCUUCAGUCCCAGCUGGCAGAGGUGGAGCAGAAAGGGUAAGAGACGAGUGAUCACAAGGACGCGACAAUAGCAGAACUGCAGGAGCAGCUGAGAGACGUGAUGUUUUAUCUGGAGACGCAGCAGCAGAUCGAACACCUGCCUCCGGAGGCUCGCAGUGAAAUCCAAGAAGGACAGAUCAACAUUGCAGCCAGCCCGUCGGACGCGGCUCUGGACUCGGCAGCAGCAGGCACCUCCUCUGGCAGAGGCAGGAGAGGCCGUGGCAGGAAGAGGAAGUAGGAAGUGUUCGACCGUACUGGAAAGUGGUAGAAGCACCGGCUGCCUCUCAGUGUGGGCACAACCUUUUGUUAACAUGCCUGCAUCAUUGUGGCUUCUCAGAGAAGGAGAAUGGUGUCCUGAAACAGGAGUAAAUCGUCUUGAUCUUGACCUGCACAGUGGCCCAGCUCAACGCGAUGUAGCUUCUGCAGGGAGGAAGGUGCAGGUGGAUCACUCAGUAAAGGCACAACCACCUGUGUGCUUUCUAGAUAUAUUUAUCAUCUGUGUGAUGUGAAUAUAUUCAGCUCCUUCUGAAUCGGUGAUGGAGAUCUAUUUUGGUCAUAAAAUUAUGCUCAUUUGUGCCCAGUUUAAAAUCUUAUUUUUAACCAAAGUCCAUUUAACAAAUCACUUCAAACUAAUCAAAAUAUAAACAGCUGGUAGUUCAUGUCUGCUUUGUAUAAAGAAAUAUUAUGAUGAAGGUGUGUCAAGUUUCCUGAAUCCCUUCAGGCUUGACUUUUAAGUCUGUUAACUUAAAUUUUUUAAUAGUUUCUGAAAAUGCUACUCAGGGCAAGAAAUAGAUGGAGGAGAAGGGGGGUUAGAAACCAGGGUGUGGUUUGUGUGUGUUGGUUAGAGCAGCUGAUCGAUGACCAUUGUACCUGGACAACAGUUUCAGCUCUUGGGUGCGUUUGUUGCCACUGAAUCUGUUUGUGUUGUUUGCUCUGAAGUCAGGCUCCUGAAUUUACUAAACUGUUUUCUGAGUUGUUCACGUUGCUCUGAGGUGUAAAGGUGAAAUGGAUGCUUUUCAGAUUGCAGUGAACUGAUGUAAACACCAUCAGAUUAAAGAUACAGGUGCAGCUUUGGCUGUUAGUGCUGUA